UUAUUGUGUUUUAAUAUAUUGUGCGAAUGCAUUUUGGCUGUUAACUUGCAGAAAAGGUUUGUUUAUGCUGCUUCCUUUGGGAGUUCGAGCCCUGUUGGCUCUUUGUCCUCAGAGGAUCACGACUUUGAUCCAACAGCUGAGAUGUUAAUUCACGAGUAUGAUGAUGAGAGAACUUUGGAGGAGGAAGAGCUUUUAGAGGGAGAGAAGAAUUUCAGUGCAGAAUUGUCAGACCUGGAGAGGGAGGGGAACAUGCCGAUCGAGGAGUUGUUGGCUAUGUAUCGUUACGAGGCGUCUGUCAGUACGGGGGCGGGAUCUAGCAUGGACAGUUCCUCUGUUGAGCUAGCUGAUGAUCUGCCUGACAUGACCCUGGAUAAGGAGGAGAUAGCGAAAGAUCUCUUGUCAGGAGAUUAUGAGGAGGAGACCCAGUCAUCUGCUGAUGACCUGACCCCUUCUGUUACCUCCCACGAGGCCACAGACUUCUUCCCUAGAACACUCAGAUCCAACGCAACAUAUGAUGGUGAUAAAGAAUCUGAGGGGGAGGAGGACGGUGUAAGCAGUGAAGAUUCUAGAAAGGAAAUAAUGGUUGGAUCUCAGUAUCAAGCAGAUGUUCCAAUGGGCCUCAGUCACUAUAGUGAUGAUGAAAAAGUGUACGAGGAGGAAGAUCAGCUGCUUUGGUGUCCUGACGUGCUGUCAGAGUGUAAAGUGAAAGACUACCUCAGAGACGCGCUGUCACACUCUACAGAUGACAGCACAGAAAAUUCCACGCCUGAACACAUACGAGAUAACGAACAGGCCUUGUUUGAGCUCUUGAAAUGUAAUUAUGACACCCGUGAGGCACUGACGCAGUACCGCAGUAAUGUGAAGACUUCGAAAGAAGAAUCCCCACCGUGGUCAGAGGAAGAAUGUAGGAACUUUGAACAUGCGCUGCAGAUUUAUGAGAAAAACUUCCAUCUUAUUCAGAAACACAAGGUUCAGACACGGACUGUAGCAGAAUGUGUGGCUUUUUAUUACAUGUGGAAAAAGUCGGAACGCUUUGAUUACUUUGCUCAACAGAACCGAUUCGGCAAGAAGAAGUACAGUUGUUACCCGGGUGUGACAGACCUGAUGGACAGGCUGGUGGAUGAGGCAGAGGGUCUGGCCGUGGACAGUUCCUCAUCGGUGUGUUCAGCAGGAGCAGGGGGACGGAUGGAGGCAUCGGCAGAGCAACAGCUCGGACUGCUCAACUCCAUCACUGCCAGUGACCUCACAGCCAUUAGUAACAGUGUAGCAACUGUGUGCAACGGUCCAGGAGACAUAAGCUGUUUAGACUCGCCGUACUUCCCCCCUCUGGAGAGUUUACACAGAGGAGCCCUGAACCAUGAUGAUCAGCUCAGCUACGCCGCAAACGGAGACAGCGGCUGCCUCAACAUGCUGGAUUCUGGCUUCUACCGCUCAGACCUGGGCCAGAUCAGCGUGUGCAGCACCAAAGACUGCGAACGGCCCUCCAAGAGGCUCAAGAUGGGCCUUUCGGAGUCCUUCAUUAACGACGUGUCUGUUACUAACCUGGGCGUGGACUUCGAAGGCAGACGCACACAUCGCAUUACAGGCGCCACAAUGGCCGUGUCGGUCACAGACUUCGGCAGCAUGGGGAGCGGCGAAACGAAUGGUUUUCUCGGCUCUCAUUCACGACACCACCAACACACUGCACUUCAGUCCGACUGAUUUCCUUAUGCCAUCCAGACACGCGUUCAUCCGCUCACUGACUAUUAGUUCUUUUUUAAAUUAAACACAAAAAAUCUAUAUAUAUAUAUGAAUAUACCUUUUGGUCGUUUUUCGUUUUUGUUUUUGUAAUAUGACAUCAGUGAUGUCUUUAUUGUACAGAGCUAAGAAAUCUUGAUUUCUCAAGAGUUUAAAUAGCCAUUUAUUUUUCUGGUCCUUCAGAUAUUUAAUAUCCUUUUUGUCUUUAGUGAUAUACAGUUAAACCUAAAUGCUGGAGCAGAGAGCUGUGGUCUCUUACUGUACUCAUCCCGACACCUGCAUCUUUAAGUCUCACGAAGAAGCCGCUGCCGCUGAAACUGCAUUUUUCGUUGUUGUUGUUUUAGGACUUUUUCAUGUGUUUCAAAAAUUGGUACUUUUUUCAGUGUUUACACCACCCAAGAUAGACUACGCCUUGGGAAAUGUAGCAUUUUGUAUAUCAGGAGACUGGCUUUUGUAACUGAAAAUAGUAAUUUCUUUGGAGCAAAUGACAUACAUGUUUAAACAAAGAGCACUUCUAGUCGCUGAGAUGUUUUGCCCUUUUCUUUUUUUUUUUUUUUUUUUUUUUUUUUUAAACCAAACAAGGUUUUGGAUCUUGUUAUUGGUUGGUGUGUCGAGUUUUUAAGCUUUAAUAACCAUUUAUCGUGGUAAUCCGAACAUUUAAUAAGUUGUUUCUUCUUCUUUCUUUUAGUAUUUUUUUUUUAUUUGUGUCUUUCUCAAUUUUUUUUAUUGUAUAUUUUGCUUAAUUCUCAAGUAGCAUGGCUGAAAUGAACACAGAUUUAAUCUUUUCAGCUGCGCAAUGUAAAAAAUGUAGAUUUUCCACUCCCUAAGAUUUGGCACUCAAAUGAUAAUGUAACCUUGAAUAACAUUAUAUCAGACAGAUUGGCUCUAUAGGGCAGUCAUCUGCACUUGACAGUAUUAUCAUAAGUCGUAUAUAAAUAUUAGACUAUGAGAAGUGAUGUUUAUGAUUCCCCUUUGAGCUUCUAAAGCUAUUUAAAUGCUCACUACUAUCGCAGGUUAUUUUUUUUUACACUUGUGCUGGUGCUCUAAACUGCAGGCGCUUUAGUACCAAUUGAACCAGUGUUAUUAUUUUUUUUUUAUUUUCAGCUAUGCAUUAUGUAUAUUUUGUAGCUGCCGGGGUACUGAGGAACACCUGAAUGUUAAUUGAGCUAAUUGUUAAUCACUCUUUACCUCUUUUAUGUUAAGCUCGCUGUCUUAAGUUCUUUACCAUUGUUGUUUAUUUUCUGCAUGAUGCAGAUUGGACUCUUGUUGAUCCUUUUGACAUAUUUCAAGCUGAUUAAUAUUAAAUGCCAAAAAGCAGUCAGCUUGCCGCACUGUAUCAAAACCGAUACUGCCUCUGAGCUCGAGUCCUUCCUGCUAUUUGCAUUUACAAUUUACCAUAGAAUUCAUUUGUAUACUUAAAGCCCUGACUUUAAUUAGGGCGUUGCAGAAUGCUGAAAAAAUGUUCUUGUUUAUGGCAAUAAUAUGUAGAUAUGUAUAGAUUGUUGUACUUCUGUAAGUCUUACAAUAUCCAUAGCUUAUUUUUACCUUUGUUUGUUUACUGCAGUAAGAGACGUCAAAAAGAUGCAUGCUGAUGGUGGCCGUUUGGCAACACAUACCACAGCAUUUUUUUUUU